AUGGAUGAGAAGGUUGUGACCAGACUGCAGUUUAAUUCAACACCACAAGAGCUAGGUGCCUUUCCGAUGACAAACGCUGACCCGAUGCACGUGUUCCUGCACGGCUCCCUGGCUCGUGAAGAGCUCUGUACGGAAAACCUGACACCUUGGCUCAAGAUGCUACCUUGUCGAUCAAUCACUGGACUAGGAUCAUUAAUUGACCCGAUCAACGCUUUGUCAGGCGAAUAUCUGUCGUUGUCGCUAUUUGCUAUGAGAUCGCCGGAUGAUCGCUGGAUUCUUCGACAGCAUUUGACGACGGUGCAAAGCUUUAGCAAGCAGAACAGUGCGCGUUCGAGUCUUGGCUCUUUAUUCAUUGCUGAUGACCAGAUAAAGACUGAUCUUACUGCAUGUCCACUUGCAGCAAAAAGUGUUAUUCAAACAGAAGACAAGAUGUCGUCAAGUGUUGUGACUACCGAUCUUCAUGAGAAACCCAUUUCUCUUUCUAGCACGUGGUUUGAAGAAUGGAAUGAUGUAAAUGUGGUGAACAAAGCUCUUGCCAAAGACAGCUUCAAGGCGCAACGGGAUGUCGUGUCAGUACAUCGUUUUGCUACUGGAUACGGUCAAGUGCGUGGUGGUAUCGCAGUGCAGCUGAAGAACAAUCAUCCUUCUUGUGAUAUGCAUGUGACGUAUCAUGAUGUUAUUCCGUGGUACCUUCGCGUAUACUUUCACACGUUUAGAGCAACUGCCAGUGGAAGCGAAAGCGAUGCGCAAGAGUUGAUUCGAAGGUUUGAUUUCGUGCCAGCCGAGUUGCGAAGUCAACCCAACCAAUUGCGACUUGAAGCAUUCCUUCCCGCUAACACUACGCUGGUUUUCUCGCUUCAGAUGGAAAAGGUGUUCCUGCGCCUGUCUGAGCAUCCACCCGAUGCCAACCGUGGUUUUGAUAUCUCCUCCGGUGUGGCAACUUUUAACGCAGACUCGACCUGUAGCAAGCAAAUUGGGUUUUCGUCCUUCACGACCACUUUGUACACGGAGCCCUUGCUCAUACCGUUGCCUACGCCUGACUUUAGCAUGCCGUAUAACGUAAUUACGAUGACGUCGACUGUCGUUGCUUUCUUCGUAGGCACGAUGCUCAAUACACUACUGCGGAAGGCACCGCGACUGAAACAAAUGAUGACAAGUAGCUAA